AUGUGCUCCAGACAAUCCAGCGGAGGCUGCCAGGAAAAGUCUUCCCAGUCCGGCGGGUGCCACAGCGGGGGCUCCUGCGGCCACGGCAGCGGAGGGGGAUCCUGCUGCAGUGGGGGCUCCUCGGGCUACAGCAUGGGAGGAGGAUACAGUGGUGGCUCUUCAGGAUCAAAGAGCAUCAUUGGUGGUGGAGGGAGUGGGGGAUCCUCUGGAUGCUGUAGUGGGGGAUCCAGCUAUGGCAUGGGAGGAGGAGCCAGUGGUGGGUCUUCAGGAUCAAAGAGCAUGAUUGGAGGUGGAGGGAGUGGGGGAUCAUCCGGCUGCUGCAGUGGGGGAUCCAGUUAUGGCAUGGGAGGAGGAUCUGGUGGUGGGUCUUCAGGAUCAAAGAGCAUGAUUGGAGGUGGAGGGAGUGGGGGAUCCUCUGGCUGCUGCAGCGGAGGAUCCAGUGGUGGGUCUUCAGGAGGCAAGAUCAUAAUUGUUGGUGGAGGGAGUGGGGGAUCCUCUGGAUGCUGCAGUGGAGGAUCCAGUUAUGGCAUGGGAGGAGGAUCUGGUGGUGGGUCUUCAGGGUCAAAGAGCAUCACUGGAGGUGGAGGGAGUGGGGGAUCAUCCAGCUGCUGCAGUGGGGGAUCCAGCUAUGGCAUGGGAGGAGGAUCUGGUGGUGGUGGAGGAUCCAGUUAUGGCAUGGGAGGAGGAUCUGGUGGUGGGUCUUCAGGAUCAAAGAGCAUGAUUGGAGGUGGAGGGAGUGGGGGAUCCUCCGGAUGCUGCAGUGGGGGAUCCAGUGGUGGGUCUUCAGGAGGCAAGAUCAUAAUUGUUGGUGGAGGGAGUGGGGGAUCCUCUGGCUGCUGCAGUGGGGGCUCUUCGGGCUACGGCAUGGGAGGAGGAUCUGGUGGUGGGUCUUCAGGAUCAAAGAGCAUGAUUGGAGGUGGAGGGAGUGGGGGAUCCUCUGGCUGCUGCAGUGGGGGCUCCAGUGGUGGCUCCUCAGGAGGCAAGAUCAUAGUUGUUGGUGGAGGGAGUGGGGGAUCCUCUGGCUGCUGCAGUGGGGGAUCCAGUUAUGGCAUGGGAGGAGGAUCCAGUGGUGGGUCUUCAGGAUCAAAGAGCAUGAUUGGAGGUGGAGGGAGUGGGGGAUCCUCUGGCUGCUGCAGUGGGGGAUCCAGUGGUGGCUCCUCAGGAGGAUCUGGUGGUGGGUCUUCAGGAUCAAAGAGCAUGAUUGGAGGUGGAGGGAGUGGGGGAUCCUCUGGCUGCUGCAGUGGGGGCUCCAGUGGUGGGUCUUCAGGAGGCAAGAUCAUAAUUGUUGGUGGAGAUAGGAGUGGGGGAUCCUCCGGAUGCUGCAGUGGGGGCUCCAGUGGUGGUAGUGGCAGUUCCUCAGGCCAUAAGAUCAUCGUCAGCUCUGGAGGGGGCAGUGGCGGCUCCUGCCAUUCCACGCAGCAGAAAUGCCCCAUCAUCAUUCCAAAUAUCGAGUCACAUCAGACCAAGCAGGCCUGCCACUGGCCCCACAGCCACCAGAAGUAA